CCAACUAAUAUCAUCAACCAAAUUCCUCUGUUCUUGCAUUAUUGUUUAGUUACCAAACAUGAAAUUCUUGAGAAUGUUUUUAAUCCUUUCCGUACUUAUUGGUUUUUGUUCGACGGCAACUAUUGCCAGUAAACUUGAGACUUACAUUGUUCGAGUGGAGUUGCCUCACAGCAGAAUUUCCACUCAGUCAUCGUCCUCAUCUUCUGUGGAUUUAGAACACUGGUAUAAAUCAUUCCUGCCGACCACAGUAGCCGGCGGCGGCUAUGGUGAGUCGCGGAUGGUGUUUAUGUACCGGAAUGUUAUGAAGGGGUUUGCGGCUAAACUUUCUGCCGAGGAAGUGAAAGAAAUGGGGAACAAGGACGGGUUUAUAUCGGCGGCGCCGGAGAGAAUUUUGCCUUUACACACUACCCAUUCUCCAGGGUUCUUGGGGUUGCAGCAGAAUAUGGGAUUCUGGAGAGAUUCGAGUUAUGGUAAAGGGGUUAUAAUCGGGGUUUUGGAUUCCGGGAUUGCGCGUGACCAUCCUUCGUUUAGCGAUGAAGGGAUGCCGCCGCCGCCGGCGAGAUGGAAGGGAGUGUGCGAGCUCAACUUCACGGCGUGCAACAACAAGGUGAUCGGAGCGAGGAGUUUCAGCGAGAGGGAGAGAUCGGUGUUCGACGAUGAUGGACACGGCACACAUACGGCCGGCACGGCCGCCGGGAAUUUCGUGAGAGGCGCAAAUGUGUACGGGAGUGCUAACGGCACGGCGGCGGGGGUUGCGCCGCUGGCUCACUUGGCUAUAUAUAAGGUGUGCAAUGAAAUAGGGUGCUCGGACAGUGAGAUUCUGGCGGCGAUGGAUACGGCGAUCGAGGACGGAGUUGACAUUCUCUCACUCUCCCUCGGCGGAAUGUCGUCGUCUUUCCAUGAAGACAGUAUCGCGUUGGGAGCAUACAGCGCCAUGGAAAAGGGCAUUUUUGUUAGCGCCUCGGCCGGUAACGAAGGCCCAUUCAAUGGCUCUUUAUCCAACGAAGCUCCCUGGAUGCUCACCGUCGGCGCCAGUACUGUCGACAGAAAACUCAGCGCCACCGUCGUGCUCGGAAACCGCCAGCAAUUCCACGGGGAAACCGCCUUUCAACCAAAGGAUUUCAAUUCAAGUUUGUUGUCCCUCGUCUUUCCCGGUCAGAACACCAGCGAUGAAUCCAGCUCCCCGUACUGCGAUAGCGAAUCGCUCAGAAACGCCGACGUUAGAGGCAAGAUAGUGGUGUGCAUGACCGGAGGAUUUCUGGACAGAAGGGGGAAAGGAGAAGCGGUGAAAAACGCCAGCGGGCGUGGAAUGAUUCUGAUUGAACCUGAGGAGUACGGAAUCACAACAUCCGCCACCGCACACGUACUUCCUGCAAUAGACAUAACAUAUGCAGACGGGCAGAAAAUCCUGGCUUAUAUCAAUGCAACAUCCAACCCAAUGGCCACAUUCUCGUUCAAAGGGACAAUCACAGGGGACAAGAAUGCUCCGACGGUUGCAGCGUUUUCGUCCAGAGGACCCAACAGAGAAAGCCCCGGAAUCCUGAAGCCGGACAUUAUCGGCCCCGGGGUUAACAUCCUAGCGCCGUGGCCCACCUCCGUGGAUAACAAACCCAACUCGAAAUCCACCUUCAACAUAAUCUCUGGGACUUCAAUGUCUUGCCCACACCUUAGCGGAGUUGCAGCGCUGCUGAAAAGCUCCCAUCCCGAUUGGUCUCCGGCCAUGAUCAAGUCUGCAAUGAUGACAACUGCGGAUAUUCUCAACCACGGGCAAAACCCAAUCCAGAAUCAGCACCUCGUCACUGCCAGCGUCUUCUCCAUUGGCGCAGGACACGUGAACCCCUCCAAAGCAAAUGAUCCAGGACUGGUUUACGACACCAAACCCGAAGACUACCUGCCAUAUCUCUGCGGGUUGAACUACACGAACCGGGAAGUCGGGGUGAUUCUGCAACACAGGGUGAAUUGCUCAGCCGUGAUAAGCAUUCCAGAAGCACAACUGAACUAUCCUUCGUUUUCCAUCAUCCUGGAAUCAACUGCUCAGACAUACACAAGAACAGUGACCAAUGUUGGAGAAGCAAGUUCAUUUUAUACCGUGGAAAUUUUUGAACCGCCUGGUGUUAAGGUGAAUGUUGAGCCCCGUGAACUCCAGUUUUCCAAGGUGAACCAGAAGCUCACGUACAAUGUGACAUUUAGCUUGUCGUCCAAGGCGGCCAGGUCGAACAUGCCGCCAGUGGUUCAAGGAGCUUUGAGGUGGAAAUCUGUUAAGCACCAUGUUAGGAGUCCCAUUGCAGCUAAACUGGUGUAGCACCAGCUUGUAAUUACAUUAUUCUUUUUCCACUUGCCAGUUUUAUGAUUACUGUUCUUUGCCCCUUAGCUUGUAAUGUUUGUUCCCACAAAUAUAUGUUGCCAUGGUGGGACGAUAUUAGUGCAUAAUUUAUUUACUUUUCAUUCUC